CUGAAAUACUCCCUUAUAACCCGGGACGCUUGCAAAGUUGGCCUGAUGUGUUCCCAGUUCCUCGAUUUUCAUAUGAUGUCAAGUACAGCCUACAAGCUGGAAAUGCAGUCUAUGAAAACAGUGGAAAGUUCUUGAAAUUAACAAAAGGCCAAAAACAUGACAUCCUAGAAAAUAUGGCCAAGGCAAUGCACAGCUUUAAGGCUUACCCCAGCGACAAAGAAGUAGCUAAAGCUGCUGAGGCUCUUGUUUCUCAGCAUCCCUGCCUCAGAGAACCAGGAAGUCAAUGUGGAUGGUAUGGCUGGAAGACAAGUUUAAAGUUUAAGAUGGGCAACUAUCGCACAAAACUCAGCAGAUCUGGUUGUGACGAGGUGGCUGUGAACUCAGGGAAGAGAAGCCAAAGUAACCAAGAAAGUGAGUGUCCUCACUCAAACAUCAAAAAAGCUCGUCGAGCUGAGAUUGCGGCAGAAUUCCACAGAAUUACUAAUAUCAGUUUGAAGAACAAGUUCUAUGCAGAGCUAGACAAACAUCCCCCUCCAUUGUUGGCUGUUUACAGGCAGAAGGCUGCCCGCACUGGCAAGGCAGCAGAAGCACUGAGAAGCAUCUUUAGUGCCUAUGAUCUUCUGACUGAAGAGGUGGAUGAACCAGACAUUGCAGAUUCAGCCGUAGCUCUUGUCAGCAUGGUGAAUGGCGACUCGAGUUCCACCGUUCAGUUUGACCCUGCUGGGAUUGCUGUUGUGCUGGAAGUGUACAACAAUUGGCCGAAAUUUAAAAAAGACUACUAA